AUGGUCACUCGAAAGCCAGUACCGCAGCAAGCAGAUGGCGGCCUUGCUCCUUACCCUUCUUCACCACCAUAUCCUGUCACGCCUACUUCCAAACCGCCUACUUCCCAAGAUUUUAGAGUGCAAGAUGCGCGAGAACAACUACGAAAUUCUGUGACAGAUUCUGAGCCGGAAAGUCCGAAUGCUUGGAGGGACGACGACGAAGCGCCGGGGGAAUAUUUGUCUGCGAGCAAGACCGGGAAGCCCCCAACAGCUAUCAUACCAGAAUCCUUACGAGUAGGGCCAGCCAGUCUGUCGAACUCGAGUUCCAGAGAGCCCUUACGAGUUGCUUCAGCAGAUGUAUCUAGAGCAAGUUCGAAUGAGCAACUCCGGCCCGAUCCUUCAACAAACCCGUUUGUAAAAAAGCACAUGCAAGAUGGUAGCGAAAAUAGGGAAAGUAGUGCAGGUGCAUGGGGGAACGUCUCAGAAUUGUCUGCGGAGGCUCCAAAGAAAGCACCUCCUCCAAUUCCACAACAUCAGCCCCCGAUCCAGGGACUUGCAAAUCUCUCAGUUUCCGAACCAAGUACGAACCCGUGGCAGCCAGCGUUGAAUAAAAAUCCUCGUACCGAAGCUCUUCCAAUCCCUACGAUGCGACAUGAAGAUUCUGGAAACGAAGCAUGGUCUUCAGCCCCGCCCGCAAAGAAAGCCCCAGCGGCUCCUCAAGCCUUGGAUACGUCCCAACAACCGGUUCUGGUUGAUAUAGAAGAACCAGAGUCACCCGCAUGGGAUGAGGAUGAACCUUCUCCUAUAGUCCAAGAGAUGCCCUCCACCGUAGCAAAGGAAUCGCAGCAAAUUUCGGACGAUUCACAUGCAUGGGAUAACGAUCAAGGCCAUAAUGUGAAACCUGUUGCAUCUGAAGCCACGCCUUUUGUGGCCCACGAUGACACUUCCCAGUCUGGAGAGGGUUGGAAUCUGGUAAAUCACGAGACUGUAGCGGACGGUGCUCAACAGAGUGGAAUUAUAUCGUCCGACCAGAGCUUUCCUGCACAAUCGGCAGCUCACAGCGGGACUAGGGAUGACAUUGGACCACCAUUACCUCCAAGAACAUCAACAGAAAUUCCUCUUCAACGAAACAUUUCAGAAGAGCAUGCACCAGCUCAGCCACCUAGGCCUGUGAUUGUUACCGAUACUCCCAGCUCAACGUCCGUUAACAGCCAAGGUCCCAAUUCUGCUGUACGAAAACAGAAGAAAGAGACAUACGAAAUCAAGAAAAUCACCUGGCACGAUGUGAACGCCAGCCAGAACCCUCGAACAUCUCCCAUUCUAGUUCAAAAUCUGAACGGGCCUUGCCCGCUUCUAGCCCUCGUCAAUGCUCUUACUCUUUCCACGCCUGCUGGAGUUGAUACAGCCUUGAUUGAAACCUUAAGGUCUCGUGAGCAAGUGAGUCUGGGAUUAUUGCUAGACGCGGUUUUCGAUGAGUUGAUGUCUGGAAGAAGGGGUGGUGCUGCACAGGAAUUGCCUGAUGUUAGUGACUUAUACUCGUUUUUAAUCACGCUUCAUACUGGAAUGAAUGUCAACCCUCGAUUUUCCCCGCCAGCAGCUAAUAAAUCUUCGACCGACCCCCGCAACUCAAUGUCACAUGUUCAUCCAAGUGAAAGAGAGGCAGCUCUGCCGGGAACUUUUGAAGAUACUCGGGAAAUGAAGCUCUAUAGCACGUUCGCAAUUCCGUUAAUACAUGGAUGGCUUCCAGAACUAGACUCACCCGCAUACGCUGCACUUUGCCGAUCUGCUCAAUCCUAUGAGGAAGCACAAAACAUCAUGUUUAAUGAAGAACCAUUAGAGGAUAAGCUGCGCCACGAAGGUCUUAGUUUUGAAGAACAAGCAAAGUUAGAAGAUAUUGGCACGAUCAAAGCUUUCUUCACAAGUAAUGCGACACAACUUACUUCCUUUGGACUCAGCACGAUCACUACCUCCGUCGCCCCUGGGGCAGUAGCUAUUCUAUUCCGUAAUGAUCAUUUCUCUACGCUUUACAGGCAUCCACAAACAUUACAACUUCUCCAGCUGGUAACAGAUAUGGGCUAUGCUGGACAUGAAGAAGUGGUUUGGGAAUCCCUGAUUGACGUGAAUGGAGAGAAUGCAGAAUUCUUUUCUGGGGAUUUCAGACUCGUUGGAGGCGCGCCAGCCACGUCUUCCACCGCAGGUAACGCACACGAAUCGGGGAACGGUUGGACUGCAGUCGCAGGAAGUCGAGGUUCCGCGAAUCAUAGGGGGGGCCAUCAACCGGCAUCUAGCCUAUCAUCUAUACCCCAAAACGUUCCCUCAGACCUCGAACCUCCUCAGAGCCCAACUACGGAGCAGGAAGAUCAUGAUCUUGCUCUGGCGCUGCAGCUCCAAGAAGAGGAAGAACAACGCCAUGAGCAGGAAAUGGCCCGGCGGCGCCGCGAGACAGAACUGUCACAGCAAUAUAUUGAACAAUCGGGUGCAGGUAGAGGUGCCAAUAGCCGAAGUGGUAACAAUGUACCAGUCACCAGGGGUCGAGGGGGGACCGUGAGAGGCCGCGGCGCUGGCAGAGGAGCUGUCAUUGAAACACGGCCAGAGAUUCCCCCAAGACGGAACAAUCAAGCAAAUACAGCAGCAGAUCCCGAAGCUGGUGUGGACGCUCCUCCACCAUCAUAUGAACAAGCAGCGAAUCAGCCAGCUUACGCACCACCGACGAAUCAUCCCGCCCAUCCAAGUUCGAGCCCAGUUACUGCGCGUCGAGAAAGUGCUUACUCUGCAAAUUCCGCGCGCCCACAGAUUGCCGGUAGAGGGAGAAGAGCAACUGGGACUUCGUCAGUAUACCAGGAUCAAGGACCUAACAGUCGGCCACAACAAGUCCAGCGGCCUGGUGAGCGAGAAAGGGAUUGCAUUGUGAUGUGA